AUGGCAAGGGACCGCAGUUCGGCCCAACAUGGGAUUGCGCAGUUGCUCAACAAGAUCAAUGAUCCCGAUCCGGAUAUUCGUUUCAUGCAGCUGAACGAUCUCACCGAGAUCCUAGAGUCUCCUUCCUCAGACUACAUACGGACCGACCAUCAUACCGCUGCAAGAGUCAUCGAUGGGCUGCUCAAGGCUUUGGCUGACCAGCACGGUGAAGUCCAGAACCAAGCUCUGAAAUGCAUUGGCCCUCUUGCUGUACGCAUACCUGGCGACACUAUCGCUCCUCUGAUAGACAAGCUCACCGAUCUCACCCACAGCGACAUCGAUAUCUCGAUCCCCAAUUCUGCUUUACGCGCUCUCAUCGCGGCAUUACCUCAGCCGAAACCAAACGAAACUCCUGCCCAAGAUGUAAAAGACGCAUAUGGCGCUGUGAGCAAGGUCUUGAUUCCGAGAUUGGUUGGUCAUGUGGUCUUGCCGAUGGGCAGGCCUCCGCCGCAACUACCGACAGGCCUGUUACAGAGACAGAAGGACAAGGGCUUCAGCAGCGAUGCGGUUGAUGUUAUGAUUGAGAUUGUCAAAUGCUAUGGAUCUCUACUGCAGGAAUUGGAGCUGGUGGCACUUGCCAAGGCUGUUAUGAACAUCAUUGAGAGUCCUCAGGCUGGAGGUGUGGUCAAGAAACGAGCUUUGGCGGGAAUUGGGGCAUUGCUGGCUCACUUCAAUGAUGCCCAAGUCAGCUCCUUCGUGGCAGCCCUCACUGAAAGCUUUCAACAUCCCCAGCUGACCACGGAACAUCGGAGGUUUCUUGUCGCGACGAUCGCGACUCUUGCCCGAUCGAGUCCAACAAAGUUUGGACCCUUCAUUGACGAUGUCAUCCCCAACGUCCUUCAAGUCUUGAGCCAGAAGGAGCUUUCCGCUACUGCGUCUGUGUCGGAUGAGGACGCGGAGGUUGACCCGGAGAUCGAGGAACUGCGCGAGACAGCUCUCAUCGCCCUCGAGGCCAUGCUUGGAUCUUGUCCUCUGGAGAUGAAGCCUCAUCUUUCCAACGCGAUUGAGGCUGCAUUGAGGUAUCUCAAGUACGACCCCAACGUUGCAGAUGCCGAAGAUGACGAAAUGGGAGGAACUCAAGACGAGGAUUCUGAUGACGGCAUUACAGAAGAAGCCCUCGAAGACGACGACGAUGAUGAAUAUGCAGAGCUGGAUGACGAUGAUGCUUUUAGCGACGUGGAUGACAUGAGCUGGAAAGUGCGACGUUGUGCGGCAAAAGUCCUCUACACCAUUGUUUCGGGAUCCUCGUCGAGCGACAAAGGCACGCUCUUUGGCAAAAUCGCGCCCGUUCUCAUCUCUAGGCUGUUCAGUGAGCGUGAAGACAGUGUCCGAUUGGAAGUCAUUGCAGCCACCACCGCUUUGAUUCGGAAGACGGGGACUGGCCUGACCGAGUCGCUCACCAGAGUCGAUUCUUCAGAAAACCCAGCAAUGCCUACAAAUACUCGCAAGCGAAGACGGCAAGACAGCGAAGCUGACAAGAAGGAUCCGGAUCUUCGAGGUCUAAUAUCCAUUCGAUCCAGUCCUCCCAUUGUCCCAGCCUCUCCGCCGACGGGCGAGCAGGCUGAACUCGUUAGCUUAGUGCCAAAGAUUGUUCAAGCCCUUACAAAACUGUGGAAGAAGGCAAGCAUAUCACUAAAACAGGCUGCAGUUGUCAUGCUCAAGACUUUAACAUUGGCGCGAAAUGGGAUUCUGUCGGAUCGCUUGCAGCAACUGGAAGAUCCCAUCGCCGAUGCAUUAAAGCCGUCAUUCGGCUCUGGAUCCAGCAGCACAGUAUCAGGGACCUCAGCAACAGUUGCCAGUCUUCAGAUUGAGACGUUGACUUUGAUCAGUGCAAUUGCUGAGACUAAUGGUGCCACGGUACUGAUACCUUUCGUCAUCGCACUCAUACCCCCGGUCACGGCAAUUGCUCGUGAUAGAAACUAUAAAGUUUCAAGCGAAGCCCUUGCCACGGUUGAGCAGUUCGUCAAGGCUCUGACUCCACCUCGUCUGCCUUCUGCGAACCAAGAUCAUGCCAUACACAUCGAAAAGUUAUGGGAAGUAAUCGUUGACCGCGUCACAGACAAUAACACUGACCUGGAAGUGCGCCAUCGUGCUAUACAAGUGUUUGGUGUUCUCCUGGCGAGAACGUCGGCUACUCAACUGCUGUCAAGCUCAGCCAGGACUAGGAGCCUUGGGAUUCUCAGUGACAGAUUGAAGAACGAAACCACCAGACUGGCGAGCGCGAGAGCGAUUGGCCGGGUUGGCGAAGCCGCAAGCAGUCGAGAUAACAUCGGGUCUGCUUGGGUCCAGGAAGUUUCACUUGAGAUGGCGAACCAGCUUCGCAAAGCUGACAGAUCUCUCCGGGGAUCUUGCCUGGAAUCAUUGCAAUACCUUGCUUUGAACCCUGUGACGUCGUCGCUGUACGAGACAACCACGAUUCUGCAACUGCAGGGCAUGUUGAUGCCUCUAAUUUCUGUGAAUGAUCUUCACUUGUUGACCCCAGCACUUGUGAUUAUGUCCAAAAUCAUCCCCACCAACGCUCAAGCACUGGUCACUGCCGAAAUGGUCGAAGCACUCUGCGGCAUAUCACAAACCCGGAUUGAAGGGCCACCUCUCCGGGCAUAUCUUCUCGUUGUGAAAGUCAUUGGUGAGCACGGCGUCGGUGCGCUGCUUAUGAAAGGUCUCCUCACUGUCGGAACCGGCGGGGAGACAAUGGUUCUUGGGAGAGCCAUCGGUACACUGUUAGUAUAUGGUGGAAACAACCUGAAUAUUACGAUAUCCGAUUUUCUAAAAGAACUGGAAACAUCUCAGGAGAUCCGAGCCAUCUGCUUGGCGUUGACGGUCCUCGGAGAGGUCGGGUUUAGAAUGGGCCCCAGUUCACCAGUGAAGAUCCAAACCUUCAUCAAUUGCCUCUCCGCCGAGUCAGACAAAGUGCGACUUGCUGCCGCGAUUGCUCUCGGCAGUGCCAGUUCCAACAACAUUUCGGUAUGCGUACCCGUGAUACUGCAAAGCCUGGCACAAGCAUCCACCUCAGACUAUCUUUACUUGCAUUCUGUCAAAGAGAUUCUGGAACACUCUGAAAGCACCCUGGGAGAGAUGGCUCCGUAUGCAGCGGAACUGUGGCAGAAACUCUUCGUAGUGUCACAGGUAGAGGACAACAGUGCUGUCGGGGCAGAAUGCAUCGGUCGAUUAGCCACGAUUGAUCCAAACACCUUUGUCCCCGAGCUCUCAAAGGCACUGGCAGAUCCCAAUCCAUCGGUCCGUGGCACAGUUAUUUCCGCCUUCCGCUUUACCCUCGGUGAAGCCAGCAGCUCCUACAACAACAUUCUUGUCAAGACAAUGACGCCCAUGCUUCAAACGAUGCUGAAUGACAGCGACCUUGCUAACCGCCGGCUCGCAGUGACCACUCUCAAUGCCGCAAUCCAUAACAAACCAGAACUCGUAAUCCCAGACGUCGGUCAACUCCUCCCGACCGUCUUGGGGGACUCACAGAUCAAGCCCGAAUUGGUCAAGCAGGUCAAAAUUGGCCCCUUCACUCAUACCGAAGAUGCAGGUCUCGACCUCCGGAAGUCUGCAUAUGCGACCAUGUACGCAUUGCUAGAUUGCCCAGGUGCGAUCCCGCACCUCCCCAUCAGCCAUAUCUUUGACCGCAUCCUGGAUGGUAUCGCUGAUGACCACGAUAUCCGCACCUUGUGCAUCCUCAUGCUCACUCGCCUAUCCGUGAUUGAUCCCGACCAAACACGACGUCGCUUGUCCUCGCUCGCCGAAAAAUUCCGUUUGGUUUUGAGCGCCAAAUUGAAAGACAACGCAGUCAAGCAGGAAAUUGAGAAAGUGAACGAAGCAAACGCCGCGGUGGUGCGGAUCACCCUAGAACUGGAUAGGAAAUUUCCUAAUGCAAGCAUAGACGGUGUCGGCGGAGAGUUAGUCACAUGGAAAGGGUUCGUUGAGUUUGUGAAGAGAGAAUUUGCGGCUAUGGUGAGGAAUGUGCAGAUGGAAGGGUCUUAG